AUGUUCUUUUUCUUCGUUUGCUCUUUAAGUCCACAUUUUACUCGCCUUAGAACAUCACCUACAAGGUGCCCGAACUGUUUGGAUCCUUCCCCGACAGUUUAUCAAUACAAGAAACAAAAUAGGCUUUCGAUAUUUUUUAUUCCCGUCUGGUGGUUUAAAUCAGAAGAUAUAUGGCAUUGCGAAAAGUGUAACUGGGAUGGAAGAGCAAGACCUGAAGAAGACCAAAUUCGACGUUCUGAAGAAACUGAGAUGGUACAACAGCUAGGACCUCUUCCAACUUGGGGUUUAACUAGGUGUAGGAAUUGUAAUAAGGAGAUCAAUGUUUCUGGACGCAUCAAAUAUUGUCCGUAUUGCGGUAACUCUGUUGAAGGUUAG